AUGUCCUACGGAAACCAAGAAUACGGCGGCGGCGGCUCAGGCAGCAACAACUACUACGACCAGAACAACGACUUCUCGGACCGCAACCAGUCCCACGGAAACUCAGGAUACGGCAACCAGGGCGGAAACGGCGGCCGCCAGGAAUCCAACUACGGUCGUCAGGAAGAGUCCUACGGCGGUGGUAACCAGGGCGGCAACUACGGCCGUCAGGAAGAUUCCUACGGCGGUGGCAACCAGGGCAGCAACUACGGUCGUCAGGAAUCCAACUACGGCCGCCAGGAAGAGUCCUACGGCGGCGGUAACCAGGGUGGCUACAAUAACAACAACAACAACUCCAACUCCAGCUACGGCGAACAAUCCCACCACAACCGCCGCAACAGCAACAGCAGUGACGACUUCAGCGGUGCUGCGCAGCACGCUCAGGAACACUAUGAUAGUGGGUCGUCGGGCUCGCUCUUCAACUCUGCUUUGAACUUCAUUAAGGAGCGCAAGAGUGGAUAUAAUGACUCUGAGGUUGAUGAGCAGCAUGCUGUGCAGUCGCACCAGGCUAUGUAUGGCUCAGGCUCUAACUCUGGCUCUGAGCAGCAUGAUAGUCAGACUCUGGGUGCCGGGGCUGCUAUGCAGGCUUUGAAGAUGUUCACUAGUGGUGGUUCUUCGGAUGGCGGUAUGGAUAAGAAUAAGUUGAUUGGGCUUGCUAUGGCCCAGGCUGGGAAGUUGUGGGAGGAUAAGAAUUCGUCUGGAAAUGUGUCUGGUGAUAAACAGUCUGCUGUUAACAAUGCUGCCGAGAUGGCUUUGAAGAUGUACAUGAAGAGCCAGGGUGGUGGUGUUGGUGGAACUGGUGGUGCCAGUGGAUUGAUGGGUCUCGCCAGCAAGUUCCUCUCUUAG